GGUUCCAUCUUGUGUCUAGUGGGCUACCAAUGUAUCUUCCAUCGACGGGUAACUUAGAUGUUAUACUUACCAUUCUAUGGAAAGCCGUGUGAUAACAGUAGAAGCCCGUGUGAUAACCUCCAGUCUGGAACACCCGUAUAGCGAACUUAUCACGACCCAGGUAUGACAAAGUUAAUAGCCAUAUGAGCUGACAGAUAUUCAGCGACUUAAUCACAGAAUAUCAUAUAUAUCAGCUUACGAUAUCCCAAUAUUGCUCAUUUAUUCGUUCAUUAGAAUAAAACAUGCGGCAUACUCCCUUGAUUCAUAGUUGGGUUUUGGAAAAUAUACAGCUGUACCAAAUCCAUAUAAGGCCGUAUUGUUACGUCGAUUGACCCAUCGUGUUUCAAAUGCAACUUGAAGAGGUUUGCAAAUAGCAAAAUUCAUUCUCUUCCAUUGGUAUAUAUUUGGAUAAGGGUUGAGUUUAAUUUGUUCCAUACAAUCGGAGUCACCCUUGCAUCAGGUCAUAACCAGCGGAUAUCUGUACUUUGGUGUUACCUGUGAGGCAGGAAUGUCAUGGGAUGCGCCACAGAGCAAACAGAGAUAAAUUUCCUGUGCUGAUAAAUUUUCUACAUUUCCGCGAAAGAUAUAAGCGCGCUUACGCACGAAAGAGUGCAGGUUAUAUUGUGAGAUUUAGACUAGUAAGAACGCGUCUGCUUUAAUAUUACUCUGCGUAUACUGUAUACGCGUGGUAUUCGCAUAUUCCUUGUUUACCUGCUAACUCUUACACAUCCAUACUCGAAUGUCAUGGCACCAUAAUCAACUGUACAGACAUGUAUGAGACAGGCUUCUCUUUUCAUUGCAAUCAAGAUGUGACAUAUGACAACAUAAUCUAACAGUCACAAUGAUCGUGUAUAGACCUGUUGACGGGUCUGAUCAGUGGUACUUAUUAGUACGGUAUUGAGUAGGUGAUCUGUUGACAGGGUUGUACCGUGAUAAGAGCCGCUCGGUACAUAGUGCCCGCCAGAGAGCCAGGAAUGUACGCUGGUGAAUGGAAGCACGUCGGCAGAAUGUACUGCCGAAAAACCCGUUAUGUAUUGUGUAUAGCACUUCAGCAGAACGUCUCUGUUUAAUGACGUUUUUUCAUAUUUAAGGAUGACAUCCUGUCUAUAGUUUUCAAACGAUGUGUUGCAAAAUUCAAAUGAAACGUUGACCAAACAUGCAACGAAAACCGUGAAACAUCCUUUCUUUCUUUCCGGGUUUCUCGGUAGGCGCAGUACGUUCUGCCGACGAGUGGAACGAGUAGUGCACGCCAUUCUGUUCUAUUUACAGACAGAAGAAAGCCUCGGGCGAAUUAGUGGGGAAAGAGAUGGGUUGGUAACAAGGUGCGUUUGCACGAGGGAAGAGAAUUACUGGUGUGACAUCAAUCUAUUGAAAGGGAUAUCAACAGUGGCAUAUAAGUCGCCGGUAAACAUUGAGACUUUGUUACCGGCGAGGAAAGAUUAGCAUGAUGGCAAACAAACACGUUACACUCAAAUUCCAUGUAACGCCAGUACACAGGAAUGUUAGAAGAGUGCCCCCAUCAAACCUGACCAUCAAGAGGAAAACACCCGGUAAGCUCUGAUCCGCCGGAAGUGCGUCAUCAGAGGGCUGAAGUCGCCGUCACGAGAAAACUCGUCUUUCCAGAUUACUUAAUCACCCCUAUAAAGAAAGUGGAACGUUUAUCUCAGCAGGGGUGCAGAAGAACAGGUGUAUCUACAACUGAUGAUCCGACGGCAGGUGUGAAAUACAGCACAUACAGACCUACGUUAUGGCCAGUCGUAAAGUACAAAAGCUGAUCUACUGCGAUGGUAUCGCGAGACACAGCGAGACUAAGACGGCGGCGGAGAACAGUGUGAGGAGGGAGAUAGACGAGCUCGGGAAGCAGGUGAGAGUGAUGGACAAGGAAAGAAGGAGAAACCUCCGGCGGCUAUCCGUGACGAGGAAGGACCUGGAGCGGUCCAUGGUGCGGUACAGCCAGCGGAUGGCGGAGAUCAGUGCCCAAAGAGGACUACUCCAGGUACCGACAGGCGACGCCAGUCCUCACGGCAACGACACAGAAGAACAGAGGGCGAAAUGUAAAAGUCUUACGGCUCUAGAUAGAGUCGGUGCCACAAACAGUCGUACUGGGGCAGCCACGGAUCCUUCAUGUCCAAGGAAGGGGCAGCUGUCUGGCUCUUUCGGCGAUUUGCGCACAGUUAGGAAAGACAGGACCACGUUACCGCCACCUGACAUCAAGAUCACCAGGAGUCAGGAGCACCUGAGUCAUCAAGAACGGUACUACGACUCCUCCGAUUCCGAAAGUAGUGUAGAAAUAAUACCGCUGUUUGAGGCGCUGAACGUAAAGAACGGACAGAAAUCUUUCGUCGCUGGUGUUCAGAGUUGUCCGACCUCGCCCGUCUUGGAGAGGCGUCCAAGGGCGCACACGAUCGGCACGUCGGACUCACGUGCGCGGGUCUACAUCUCACGGAGCAGGAGCGAGGGGAGAAGCACUCCGGCCGGCAGACGGGGAAAGACGGAGCCCCCGAACAAACUCCCGCCGUCACCCCAGUCGCUGUCGCCUCGGCUGGUGAGAAAACGGUUCCGUUACUCGGAGGCGGUAGAGUCCGUCCUCCUAGCAGACAGGUCGGACGCGGACAGUGACGCGUCCUUCGUGCCCAGCGGUGCCGUGACGGUGUCAGGCUCGAUCGAGUACGAUCCGCCCGCCGUGGAAGUGGAGCCGAUCCGUCCGCUCUUGGGUCGCCACUCGGUACAGCCCAACCGCGUACAGAAAGUCAAACCCCCGUCUCCCUCACGGAAACACAGCGCGGACCUGAAGACUCUGCUGACCAAAAGGGCGUUUUCUCGCCUGCGCACAGGAGGCAGCAGGACAAUCAAGGAGAUCUGAAGCGCAAACAUCUAUUUAAAGCUGCAAAUACAUGGAAGCUGUGUUUUGAUAUGAACUGUUUGUAAAUGAGCUUUACUGACAAGUAGCUAGAACACCAUUAAGAGACAGGUGUUUAGGUAACAGGAGGGUUUUUAAAACAAUAAGCAGUGAGACCUCUUGAUCGUAUAGAAGAUAUGGAUUAGGUGUUACGUUUUAAGACUUUGAAGCCAUCAUUUGCGAAAAAAAAUAAUUUUGACGAUGAACCUAAUACGGUUACCGGUAUAUGACAGUCCUUGAUGACUUCUUAAAAGUCUGAACAUUUUGUACUCGUGUGUUACUUUUCUUUCUAGUUGCAUUCUUUGUAGUGAAUAUCAUAAGCGUCAUGACCAUGAAACAUAAGGUUUGAAAAUGAUAGAUAACGUUGUAAAAUUGUGUGAUUAGACAGAUUAGAUAUUAUCAUUUCAUAUUUAUUGUGUGUGUAUCAAAUUGCCUAUUCAAAUUUUUGGUUUAUAUAGUUAAAGUUUGUGUUUUAAAUAUACACUGUGUCGUGUUAUUAU